AUGAACAGUUUUAGUGAACAUAAUAUAGAUUUUCACUCCCCAUACUUCACCAAACAAAUGCACUUCCUACCUUCGUGUAUUGGGAGAAAUCAAAGUGAGUUUCUAGAUUCCGCAUUCUUCAGAUUGUUCUUACGGCAAUCGCCAUCAAUUUACUCUAUUCCCGCUUCGAUUCUUCGAAGUAGUAUCUAUUUCUCUUCCAUAGUUGACGAAUUCGGAAAAAUUCGGCUUGUUUUUCUGGUAGUGGAUGGAAUCCCCACUGCGAUCGAGGAUGGAGAUGCUGUAGAAAACCCUAGCGGGAAGCCUUUGGCCAGAAUAGUUUCUGAAGCUGAGGCAACUGCGACUAAUAUUUCAGAUACUGAGCCAUAUGUAGGUAUGGAGUUUGAAUCUGAGGAGUCUGCCAAGGUUUUCUACGAUGCAUAUGCUUCACGACUUGGUUUUGUUAUACGCGUUGAUGCAUUUCGUCGGUCCAUGCGUGAUGGUUCCGUUGUUUGGCGACGACUUGUUUGUAACAAAGAGGGGUUUCGCAAGUUUCGGCCGAAAAGAAGUGAAAAUAGGAAGCCUCGAGCUAUAACACGAGAAGGAUGUAAGGCAAUGGUUGUUGUAAAGAAAGAGAAAUCUGGAAAAUGGAUUGUAACGAAGUUCGUCAAGGAUCACAAUCAUCCACUGAUUGUUACUCCUGCCAGUGCUCGUCGAAACGUUCUUCUAUCACAGACACGGGAUGAGAAAGAUGCAAAAAUUCGAGAAUUAACUGCCAAACUGCAGCUAGAACGAAAGCGAUGCGCAGCUUAUCAAGAACAGCUUGCCAUGAUUUUAAGAGACAUGGAGGAUCACUCGAAUCAUCUGGCAAUAAACAUAGAUGACAUUGUUCAAAGUGUGAAGGAUAUUGAAUCAAAAAGCAAUACAUUUUCAAAUAGCUAACAACAGAAUCCAAAGAGAAUAUAUAUAUAUUUUUGUAAAAUUUUCUAUGAUAACUGUU